ACUGUUAAUCACAGAUACACAGAACUUAAAUGGAAAUAAUUCGGCUUCUCACAUCUUGAAUAUGUCUGUUGAGGAUGUCUUUGUGUCGAAAGACGAUUCAUUGCUUUGUAAGAAAUGCUACCUAAAUGCAGCAGAUAAAGCCAUGCUGUGGGAGAACCACAUUUCUCAGCCCUCCAUGCUCAGAAUGGCGGUGUGAAGCCCGUGUGGAUACGUGACCCGCGUGGAGGUCCCUGACUGACAUCCUCAGACCUGUGUCAUGGACAGGUGUAAGCAUGUGGGGCGGCUGCGUCUGGCCCCAGACCACUCCAUCCUCAACCCCCAGAAGUGGCACUGCGUGGACUGCAACACUACUGAGUCGGUGUGGGCCUGUCUGGGUUGUGCCCACGUGGCUUGUGGCCGCUACAUCGAGGAGCACGCCCUGCAGCAUUUCCGCCAGCAGCGCCACCCUCUGGCCAUGGAGGUCAACGAGCUCUACGUGUUCUGCUACCUGUGUGACGACUACGUGCUGAACGACAACGCCACGGGCGACCUGAAGCUGCUGCGGAGCACCCUCAGCGCCAUCCAGAGCCAGCGCUACGAGGUCACCACCCGCAGCGGGCGCACCCUGCGUUCCGCCAGCGCCGCCCCCGACGCCCUGUCGCCCUGCGGCGCCCGCGAGCUGCAGCUUCGGGACGAGGACCGGAUGUUCACGGCGCUUUGGCACCGGCGGCGGGCCCUCCUGGGCCGCGUGUUCCGCUCCUGGUUCAGUCGGACGGCGGGGGGGAAGGCCAGGGAGGAGGAGGAGAGGCAGAUGGAGGAGGAGGAGUUGCGCAGGAUGGAGGCGCAGGCCAAGAAGAGGGCGAUGAAGAGGCGGCUGCAGGAGGAACUGGGCAGUGCCCCGCCCAGGAAGAGCCACCGCCUGCGCCGGCAGAGUCAGAAAGCGGCCGAUGCAGCCGCCGCCGCCGCCGCCUCCUCCCCGCGCCCCGCACGGACACGCACCCUCAGUAUCCCCAUCUCGCCCCUCUCCCCCUACCCUAGAACCCUCACCCCCAUAGCACAUGCUCCCAAAAGAGUAGGACGCCCAAAACUAACCCAAAUGCCUAAGAACCGCUCCUCCACCAAACCGAAACCCAAAGCCUCUUCGGGCCCCUCCCGGAAUGCCCCCUCCCCGACCCCCCGCCGGACUUCCCCUAAACAGGCCGACUCGCCCCUCAAACGUCGGCCCACUGUUCCCCCGGGGGUCACAGGCCUGCGUAACCUAGGCAACACCUGCUACAUGAACUCGAUUCUGCAGGUGCUCAGCCACUUGCACAUCUUCAGGGAGUGUUUCCUGCGGCUGGACCUGACUCAGGCGCUGGAGCUGCUGGCCUCUGCCGUCCACGGCCAGCUGGUGGGCACCGUCCCUCUCCCCGGGGGCCAGCCCAGCUAUCAGCUGGCCCAGCGGAAGGGCCCCCAGAUGGGUGCGGGGCUGAGCGGGGGGGCCUCGCGGGCCCGCAGCAUGGAGCUGAUCCAGCCCAAGGAGCCCAGCUCCAAGCACAUCUCCCUGUGCCACGAGCUGCACACCCUCUUCCAGGUGAUGUGGUCGGGCAAGUGGGCGCUGGUAUCUCCCUUCGCCAUGCUGCACUCGGUGUGGCAGCUGAUCCCUGCCUUCCGGGGCUACGCUCAGCAGGACGCCCAGGAGUUCCUGUGUGAGCUGCUGGACAAGGUGCAGAGGGAGUUGGAGAGCACGGGCACACACACACCGGCCGCUGGCACACACAGGCGGCUUAUCAAGCAGGUGCUCAGCGUGGUCAACACCAUCUUCCACGGCCAGCUCCUCAGCCAGGUGACGUGUCUGGCGUGCGACCACAAGUCCAACACCAUAGAGUCGUUCUGGGACCUCUCUCUGGAGUUCCCUGAGCGUUACCAUAGGAACAGCCGUGAGUCUGCAGCGCAGGUGUCAUGUCGGCUGACGGAGAUGCUGGCCAAGUUCACUGAGACGGAAGCCCUGGAAGGCAACAUCUACGCAUGUGACCAAUGCAACAGUAAGCGCCGGAGGUUCUCCUCUAAGCCUGUUAUCCUGACUGAAGCACAAAAACAGCUAAUGGUCCACAAACUGCCUCACGUCUUACGCCUGCACCUCAAACGCUUCAGGUGGUCUGGGCGCAACCACCGGGAGAAAAUAGGCGUUCAUGUCAGCUUUGACCAGCUUCUCAACAUGGAGCCCUACUGCUGCAGAGACUCCUCCCCCAAAGGCUCCCCCUGCUUCAGCCCCGCCUCCCCAAGCUCACCACGCCCCAAACACUUCCUCUAUGAGCUGUCUGCUGUGGUGAUGCAUCAUGGGAAGGGCUUUGGCUCCGGGCACUACACUGCCUACUGCUACAACACGGAAGGAGGGUUUUGGGUUCACUGUAAUGACUCCAAGCUGAACGUGUGUUCUGUGGAGGAGGUGUGUCGAGCCCAGGCUUACAUCCUAUUCUACACUCAACGUGUCUCUCAGGAAAAAGAGCGGCCACUGAGAUCAGACUGAUCCUGCCAUCUGUGACCACCAUCUACCUGCAGGAUGACAUCAUGAUCAUCACCAACCCAUCUCAGACACCCGUCUCCCUCCCUCUCUACCUCCCUCCCUCUUUCUGGGCAUUUUUUUCUCCUUGGGGAGGAAACAUUCUACAAUCUUUAUUUUUCUACUAAAGACUUCUUUUUAAACAUGCUUUGUGAAUUUCUUGUACAUUGUGUUUUGUUUUUUCUCCAAAAGGUUAACCUUCCUUGAUUUGUGUUUGAUAGUGUACAGGUGUAUUUUAUGGAUAAUAUUAGCCAAGUUGUCCCAGUAGCAGCAGACAGACGUCCAGGAGUGACUACAUGUAAGUGUCCUAUUAUAUUAGUAUAUUAGUACUGGUAUAUUCAGAUGUCUCUACCUGUGUGUUUGCUGGUUGAAAUGUCAGUCGAUUUAAUCAAUUGAAAUUCUUCUAAAGGUUACUUUAGGCAGUUCAAUAUUGGCCUUCAAACACAAACCUGGAAUGUAGAAGACAUGAGGUUGUUCUAAAUAUUUCCAGCAGCAUUAUCCAGAAACUGGACUGGUCUGUUGUGGUUGGAAUGUAAGUAGUCAUUCAAGACAUUUCUGCAACACUUACUGUUUGAUCAGAAAAUGGUUUAGUAUUGGCCACUUGCCUCAAGCCAAAGCAUGAGGGAAAUUUUGAAAUUUCCCUCCACUCUUUCCAAAACUGUGUUUGGUGAAUGUGCUCUGUGUUGAUAUUUUCUGAAGUUUCCAAAGGGAUUUUUGGAUGUUUUUCUUUUACUAAAUGCUGCCCCCUCUCUUUCUCAGAAUGUAAAUGUCAAAGGCAGUUGUAUGUAAAAUCCCUGUGACAGAUACUGUGGAGGUUUAUUUUGUCACAUAGAAGUGCCCUUUGAUCAGAUUAUAUUUAAUUUUCUACCAGAGGAGGAGUUGGAUAUGAGUUCAGCUUAACUGACUGUGUAGAAGCAGCCCCACACAGGUCAGAAUUUAGAACAUGAAUGUAUUUGUCAUACCUGUUUUUCCCACUGAAGUUUUAUUUUUUUAAACAAGGCUGUUAGAAUGUCAAAUUUGUGUGGUUUUCUAGAAGAUUUGAACAUUUCUCCCUCUGGAUUGUUUGGAAUCACCAGCAGUGUAGACACAUCCAUACAGGUGAUGUGACCCAUCUCUAGACUCAAGUUUUUGUGUACUGUAUAUCUUGGUUCGGUAUAAUUCUUUAAACUGUUCUCCAAAUGUUUUCAUUACUUAAAUGAAACCUUUGAUAGGGGAGAGUUUAAGCACAUUUCCACAUAUCUUUUCUUGCAAAUGCCCCAUCUGUGUCAGAUGUCACGUAUCUAGACAUUGUUCUACUCCUUGAGUGGGUGUGUACAUUUAUGGACGUGAUACUAUGCAAAUUGUUACCUCAAUUUUCAGAGAAUAUUACCUCAAUAAAAAUGAGAAUAUUUUUUCA